AUGGAAGCGGUAGGACAGCCGAACGUCUCAGCUCUAUGGAUCCAGCUGCAGCGCGUUCAAAGGAAUGAGCGAUUCAACGAAUACGCAAGCGUUUCCUCGUGUACCUUGCUAGAGAACGCAGGAGCCGCACGAGCCAGCACGAACACCUUACGCCCUGUGGCUGCGAUGGGCGGCAAGCUUGGGAGCGCGUUCAUGAUCUUUUUCCUGAGCCUUACACUUCAGGCAGUGGGAUGUUGGGGUCAGGGCACCUCAACAGUAGAAACUGUGUGUUCUGGAGCAUCCGGGUGCACAGAAAGGCUCAUUAUUGAGCUUGAUGUCAACAAUCUUGAUAAGCUGCAGUUUCAGUGGGAAGCUGGCGACAUAAAUGAGCGAUCUCCACGGAAGAGCGACGCAGGCAACGCUGGAGUUGUUAUCACUGUGCAAAAGACGGCUGUAUCUUACUCGUAUGGCCUCACUUACAUAAAGGCAGUCCCGUACAACUGGGUAGAGUACGCCCACCGCGCCUUAUUGUGGCAGGUCAAACAUGGCGGAGAAACGUUUUGCUCCGAUACUUGGGGAUCAAAAUGCCAGGAUGAGCAUGGAGAGAACGGGUACCCGGUCAGUCCCAAUUCAGGGCUCCCUCUCGAUGGAGCUCAAGGGAGGUGCUGCUGGUGCCCAUCCGUAUGGCAUUUGUGGCUUAAUAACCCCAACAGAGGAAGGGAGCCAAUGCUGAAAUGCAACUUCUGGGGGUUGCGAUUCGGCAAAAUCCCAGAUCCUUACCUGACGAAGUUCUGCCCCGUCGUCGAAUAUCCAUGGUACCGUAUGCUGAAGGUUAGCGAGAAUCGAACAUGGUUUUUCAAGGUGCACGUCGGUAUAUCGUGGUGGAGGCCUCCCAGCCCCUCCAGCCUAUCAGACGAGGAAUAUCAAGCCGAAUGUAAGAAGAAAAUUUCGGAAGGAAGCUAUCCCAAAAAUUUCGACUGUUCGCAGCGGCUCCACACGGAGGCAGGAAUGGCUGACGCAAUUCUUGAGCUCUCCGAUGCUACAAAGGUGGCCAGAGAUUCAACAUUUGACGUCACAGCCCGCCUGAUGAGCUCAGACAUGCCAGAUGAUCCUGCUCCCAAUGUAGAAGGCAAAUACGUUUUUGUGCCAACGGCGCCUUCCACUAAUGCCUGGGUGCAAGAAUCCCGCAUAACAUUGGAAUACCCACCAGGCAACUACCCGCGUUAUCACGCGGGUCUGGAUAAUGCGAAUGACGCUAUCGACACCUCAAAAGCUGGUCCUUUUGAGCUGCAUCGUUUGGCGUUUGCCUAUCCAAAGAAUCACAAAAGCUCUGUGGAUGCAACUUUCUAUUUGGAGCUGCCAUAUUGCACAGAACACGGCAGCGACGAGCCAACGGAUAAGUUAGACCCGGUCUCGGCUGUGCAGCGGAAUGUCCCGGCUGGCUCCAGUCAAGCAUUUGACCUCACUUUGCGUCUUACAGCCGUUGUUGAAGAGUUUGACUUUAACUGCGUAAUGAAGCUUUACGAUUCAGAACUUAAUCAACUGGACAUAAAGUCAUUUGACCUCCUUACAGGGAAGGCAGCGGACUUGCCAACGGCUGUAACGAAUCCCACUGGAGAGGUUACUGUUGUAGAACCGCCGGAAGUGAGGCUUGGACGACAUCGGAAAACGAUUCGACAAGCGAAGAAACUACGAAAAAAGGAGGCCAAGAAGCUUGCAAAAGAGCAGCGACGCAUGAAACAAAAGGCUCACGAAAUAACUGUGGAGGCACGCCAAGCACGUCGCUGGGACAGUUGUAGUGAUGAACCUGAGGAGCCUCUGAGCAGUGCCACAGAAGGCAGUGAGAGCGGCGUGUCAUCUGAAGUUACCUCUUCAGCAGGUUGUAUUACUGACAGUAGACGGCAGAGAUCUAACCAGGAGUGUGCUGAAUAUAACAACUGCAACACUGCUAGUGACAACGCCAGCAACGCGCAAUGUAGUACAGGGGGCUCCAAGACAUCACGAGAGUAA